AUGUACUGGUUCGCAAAGCGUGCCCCGCCCCAGAUGCAAGCGGUUUCCACCAAUCCGACUACAUCUCUAGUCACGUCGGACACUACGCCGGCUUCCAAGUCUGACUCAGCUGAUGAUACAAGUUCCAACACCCCGACGAACCCUAGCAAAAAUGACAUCUCAGCAGCCAACAAGUCCCCUGCGUCAGAUGCCCCCGAUCCCCCGGCAACCUCUCAAGUCCCCAAGACUCAAGCUACACCGGUGGCUCAAAAACAGACACAGAAAGCUGAUCACGUGGUUGAUCCUCCCGCUUCCGCUACCUCGUCGAGCAACGUUGCGGUUCAAACCAAGGCGCCAGCACCAGCAGCUGUCUCUAACCCGGUUACCUCAAGUUCGUUGGUUCCAACGCCCACUUCCACCUUCAUUCCGUUGGCGACACCCGUGGCAGUGGCAGGUACCCGCAACAGAGGUACCAACAACGUGAACUCUGUAAAGCAUGGGUCUGUGAUGACACAAUCCUUCUCAACUCCUUUACCGGACCCGAAUUCCAAUUCCAACAUCGGAAGCUCAGACGAUCAUACCAAUGCUCAAGACGGAUCGACUACUCCUCGAGCCAAUGAUACCGCCCAGAUCGCUGCCAUUGUAACUUUUGCACUACUUGCAUUCUUUGCCCUUCUCUUCGUCAUACCUUUCAUUCGUCAUAAACUCAAAGCAAGAGCUGAGCGCAAGAUGUAUGGAGAUGGAGACAGUCCUGAAUUUAUCAAUGAGUUUCAAGUUGAUUUGAAACAAUCAGCCUCCUCGUCAGACAUCAACCACUCAUACCAACAUGGUAUUUCGGAUCAAUCAGCGGCUAAAGGCAUGGUUGACAGCCAAUUCGACUCGCAGAGCCAUCUUUAUCAUAACGAGGUCCUACGUGGCGACAUCUCGCAUCAAUCUGUUUCCUCGGACGUGAAUAUGACGCAAUGGUACCCUGAGAAUCACUCAGAAGAAAGUAAAAGUGAGGACACCAUCAAUCUUCAUGUUUCGGUCCGACUGCACCCAAUUUGUCUCACUGACAAUUUUCUUUUGACGCCAGGUCAUCAUCGCACGAGUAUACUUCCUACCAUGCUCUUUCAACAUCGCACUCACCAAGCCCACGCCGCUUUGCAAGAAAGAGUUCACGACGAUGAUACCCCAACUAAUUUGAUUAUCUACAAUCCACCUGCCCAAACCAAUCCGAUUGAUUUUGUCGUCACUCAACCUGCAAGAGCUCAUCCCGGUCAUGGAGUUUCUGUUGAUCCAAUCUUUGGUUUGAUGCCUUCAAAUGUUAGGGCUAGUAGUGUUUACUCUCAUCAAACAAUGGGUGCUAUGCUAGCUGACGAUGGAAGAGGUGGUCACGCUAUGAGCCAUGAUAUCCCACCACUUCCACCACUAACCGAUGCUAAGAUGAAUUGA